AUGCUUUGUUGGGCCAUAUGGAGAGCUCAUAAUGAAUUAGUUUGGCAGAAGAAAGGUCCAUGGAUUGACGAGGUUGUUUCAUCAUCAAGUAUGUACAUUGAUCAGUGGAGAAAUGCCCAAUGUAAUAAUAUUAUUACACCAUCAUUUACUAGUUUGUUUAUUAAUGGGGUUGAAAUUUUGGUUAAGCCACAAACGCAUACAAUAAAGGUAAACGUUGAUGCUGCCAUUUUUAGAGAGAGUGGAAAGUAUGGUUAUAGUAAUGUUGCUGGGGACCAUGAAGGCAAGCUGGUAGAAGCUAGAACAUAUUGUAGAGAAGGGAGGGCAGCUCUGAGUGUUGCAGAAGCUAUCAGUGUGUGA